AUGGACGGCUCAGAUUUGGAGGAGCUCGGAUUAAAUCCAAGCCCUUUAUAUCGAGAUGGACGGUCGGAUCAACUAGUGUGGCUGCCGCACUACAGCAACUUCCAAUCCAGGGUUUUAGGGUUUCCUGGAAGAAAGAGGGUGGAAAUCUUUGCUACAUAUGAAAUGGUUCGAGCUUCACUAGCCCACAGAGAGGGUUUGCGGUUCAUGAAGGAAAGAGGGUUACAAGGUUCCAAGCUUGGGGAAAUCUCCUCUGUAGUGAAGGUAAGUUUUAGUUCCUCCCCUCCGCGUGACAUACUGAAAUCUCAUCAAAUGUUGAAGUUUUUCUGCAAAUCACGCCAUGGAAUAUCUGCUGCUAAAGCUUCUCCAACCUAUUGUGGGUUGUCUCCAGAAAAAGCUCUCUCAGCAUCUAAGUAUGUCAAAUUUGAGACUCCAGAUAAGCCUGACUCAGUCUUGGCAUUCUUCAGGAACCAUGGAUUCACCCAAACCCAGAUCUCCAGUGCCAUUAGAAAGUACCCUCCUGUGAUAAUACGUGAUCCCCAAAAGUCCCUUUUGCCCAAGCAUGAGUUUCUCAAAUCUAAGGGCCUUUCGAUCACAGAUAUUGCCAGAUUAACUCAUGUUAUACCAAAUAUUGAAAUUCUGCGAGAAGUAGGUGUUCCCAAUGCCAAUAUUGGGCUUUUGUUGAUGAGACGACCUAGAGCAUUUGCUGUAGGCAGCAAUCGGUUUAGGAUUUGUGUGGAUGAAGUUAAAAGGAUGGGUUUUAAUCCUUCGCAAAUGGAGUUUAUGUCAGCCAUUCGUGUGUUAACAGGGAUGAGUAAAUCUACAUGGGAGAAGAAGGUUGAGGUUUACAAGAAGUGGGGUUGGACCCAGGACGAGAUUCUUGUUGCUUUUAAGAAGCAUCCAAAUUGUAUGAUUGCAUCACAGGAUAAGAUCAACCGCGUGAUGGAUUUUCUUGUUAAAAAAAUGGGUUGGGAAUCUUCGUUGGUUGCAAGAAGACCAAAAAUUAUACAACUAAUCUUGGAGAAGAGGAUUGUUCCGAGGAGUGCAGUUUAUAAAGCUUUGUUGUUGCAAGGUUUAAUCAAGACUAAUGGUAUCAGCUUGAGUACAUGGCUAAAUUUUUCUGAAAAGCAGUUCCGGAAGAAGGUUUUGAGCUAUAAGAUGGAAGAAGCCCCGGAGCUAUUGAAGUUGUAUAAUGAAACAUUGGAUCUUGCGAAGUAG